AUGUCCUUCCAUCCACCACUUCGGCCUGACGUAAGAGCCGAAACCUCCCAAGGAAUGGAUGAAAUCCUUCUGUAUUUCACGGCUAGCCUCGGUGUACUUCUGCCGGGCAUUGUCUAUGUCAUCUAUCACAAAAAAAAAGAACAACAACGAAUUGCUGAAGAAGCCGCUCGUUCUGAAGUUGCCAUUAUUCCUAUAUGUACCGAAGAUAGUGCCGCUCAACGAUUUGUCACUCAUUUGGAAUCGGCACUGAAAUCUGAACUGGUCAAUCCGCCCAUUUUAUGGCCAAUAAUAUCUCUAAACAGUAAAGAGUUGGCUGGUUUCAAGGGAUUUUGCCUGUUUGUCGUCGAAACGCUAUCUGGAGGCGCUGCCUUGCCGUCGUGUGAAUGGUUUCUGGAGUGGCUUGAAGACGUGGCGGCGGACGCGAAGCAGAAGAAGAAGGCGAAUUUCGAGGCUUUGAAGUUCAUUAUCGUCGGUUUUGGUUCAAGCGAUGACGGAGAGACUCAUUUCAAUCGG